AUGGCGGCAGCGGCAGUCUCGGCAAAGGUGGUGGUAGUCGCCUCCAAGAACCCCGUCAAAAUCGGGGCGGCGCGUGAUGGUUUUGCACGAAUGUUUCCCACACUGACGUUUGAUGUGCGAGCCACCAGCGUCCCAUCUGGGGUGCCCGACCAACCAUUCACAGACGAAGAAACGCUCCAAGGCGCCCUGAACCGGGCUCGGAAUGCUCGCGAUGUCGAGCCCAACGCCGACUACUGGAUUGGGCUUGAGGGAGGAGUUGACGGUGGCGAAGCGGACGACGGGCCGAUCCAGUCGUUUGCGUGGAUCGUGGUGGUUGGCAAGGGAAAGGACGGGGAUGGCAAUGGUGAGCGUGUGGGUAAAGCGCGAACAUCGACGUAUUAUCUACCCGAGGAAACGGCCAAGCUAUUGCGUGACGGCAUGGAGCUGGGCCACGCUGAUGAUUUGGUGCAUGGGCGAACAAAUUCGAAACAUAAGAGCGGCUCCGUGGGCAUCUUGACGGAUGACGUGGUCAACCGACAGAGUUAUUACUCGGAAGCCGUAGUGUUGGCGCUGAUACCGUUCAAAAACGUCCGAUUGACGUUUUGA